UUUCAUUAGCACAGUAAUAAAUAUGAAUCACAAUGAGAUUGAUGUCUAACCCAUUAACUUAAGAGACACUCCUUGACAUCUGACUUAGGAAAAAAAUAUCAUGGUACUAGACUUAGCACUUUAACUAGUUUUAGUGUAUGAAGUUUGAUUCUAUAUUCCAACAGACCAACCUACAUUCCGGCAUAAUAAUACUAAACAUUUUUCUUCUAAUGGCUGAAACAUGUUCCGGUGCAUCCAGAUACGAUGUGUUCAUUAACUUCAGAGGGGAAGACACACGUUAUGAAUUUACUGGGCAUCUCCACCAAGCUCUUUGUAAGAAGGGAAUCCGUGCUUUCUUUGAUGAAGAGGACCUUCAGACAGGAGACGAAAUAACAACAAAACUUGAGGAGGCAAUUAAAGGGUCGAGGAUUGCCAUCACUGUGUUCUCUAAAGGUUAUGCUUCUUCCUCAUUUUGCUUAAAUGAACUUGCAACCAUCCUUGGCUGCUACCGCGAGAAAACUCCACUGUUGGUUAUUCCUGUCUUUUAUAAGGUGGAUCCUUCUGAUGUAAGACACCAGCGAGGAAGUUAUGAACAAGGAUUGGAUAGUCCUGAGAAAAGGUUACAUCCUAACAUGGAGAAAUGGAGGACGGCUCUGCACGAAGUAGCAGGAUUUUCUGGGCAUCAUUUCACAGAUGGAGCUGGAUAUGAAUACAAGUUUAUUGGGAAGAUUGUUGAUGAUGUCUUCCGCAAGAUUAAUGAAGCUGAAGCAAGUAUAUAUGUUGCGGAUCGCCCGGUUGGAUUAGACUCACUAGUGCUAGAAAUAAGGGAACGUUUGGAGGCUGAAUCUAGUGAUGCUAUCUCCAUGAUAGGGAUCCACGGAAUGGGCGGGGUAGGAAAAUCAACACUUGCUCGACAAGUUUAUAAUUUGCAUACUAAUCAAUUUGAUUAUUCGUGUUUCCUACAAAACGUGAGAGAAGAAUCAAACAGACACGGGUUAAAACGCCUACAAAGCAUCCUUCUUUCACAAAUACUUAAGCAGGGCAUCAACUUAGCAAGUGAGCAACAAGGAACUUCGAUGAUAAAAAAACAGCUCAGAGGAAAGAAGGUUCUCUUAGUUCUAGAUGAUGUUGAUGAGCACAAGCAAUUACAGGCAUUUGUUGGAAAAUCUGUUUGGCCUGAGUCUGAGUCUGAGUCUAAGUCUGGCACCAGAUUGGUUCUGAUCAUCACCACUCGGGACAAACAACUCCUAACAUCUUAUGGGUUCAAAAGAACAUAUGAGGUGAAAAAUUUGAGUACAAACGAUGCUAUCCAAUUGCUUAAACAGAAAGCUUUUAAAACAUAUGAUGAAGUUGAUCAAAAUUACAAGCAGGUCUUGAAUGAUGUAGUAACUUGGACUUCUGGCCUUCCAUUGGCUUUGGAAGUGAUAGGUUCAAACCUGUUUGGAAAAAGUACUAAAGAAUGGGAAUCAGCUAUCAAACAAUAUCAAAGAAUUCCCAAUAAGGAAAUCUUGAAGAUACUUCAAGUAAGCUUUGAUGCUUUGGAGGAAGAAGAAAAAAGUGUUUUUCUUGACAUUACUUGUUGCUUGAAAGACUAUAAAUGCAGAGAGAUUGAAGAUAUACUUCACAGUCUCUAUGAUAACUGCAUGAAAUACCAUAUUGGGGUGCUUCUUGACAAGUCUCUCAUUAAGAUUAGAGAUGAUAAAGUUACAUUGCAUGACUUGAUUGAGAACAUGGGUAAAGAGAUUGACAGGCAGAAAUCACCGAAAGAGGCAGGCAAGCGGAGGAGAUUAUGGUUACAGAAAGAUAUAAUUCAAGUUUUAAAAGACAACUCGGGGACCAGUGAAGUUAAAAUCAUUUGUCUGGAUUUCCCCAUAUCUGACAAACAAAAAACAAUAGAAUGGGAUGGAAAUGCCUUAAAGGAGAUGAAAAACCUUAAAGCACUUAUUAUCAGAAACGGUAUUUUAUCCCAAGCUCCCAAUUAUCUACCAGAAAGUUUGAGGAUAUUAGAAUGGCACACACAUCCUUUCCAUUGUCCACCGCCUGAUUUUGAUACAACGAAGCUUGCUAUACGCGACUUGGAAUAGUUCCAUCCCGUCAUUGGGGUGUGGUGGCAUAUCGAAGGCAAGUUUAAAGAAUACAUUUUCUUUGUAAAUUAAUAAAUUCAAAGCAGUAUUAUUCAUUCAGUUCUGUUUUACUUUUUCCAUCAUUUUCUUUUUGCAGAAGUUGAUGUAUCUAACUAUCUAAGGGUUUUGGAUACCUGAUGCAUCUGGUCUCUCAAAUUUGAAGGAAUUUUCAUUUGAAUAUUGUGAGAAUUUAAUUAUAGUUCACGAGUCAAUUGGUUUUCUGGAUAAACUUUAAAUAUUGAGUGCUGGUUGUUACCGCAAACUUAGGAGUUUUCUACCCUUCAAGUGAUGGAUUGAAUGAAUGAAACAACUGUGACUCUACAUCUUUUUAUACAAACACAAUGAUGCAUGCAAAUGAAAUUUUGGGAAGAAUUUGCAAUGGGAUUUCCAUGGUUUAAUAUUUU